AUGAAAGCACGGAAGAUCAAGAGGAAGAAAGAAAUAAACUUAGGGACAGAAGAGGAUCCAAGACCUAUUUUCAUUAGUGCACUAUUGAGAGAACCACUUAAGAGUGAACUCAUUGCACUUUUGCAGGAGUUCAGAGAUUGUUUUGCUUGGCAUUAUCAUGAAAUGCCAGGAUUAGACAGGGAAUUGGUGGAACACAAGCUGCCAAUUAAUGAUGGCUACCUUCCAGUUAAACAAGCCAGAAGAAGAAUGUCUAUUGACACAGAAUUGAAGGUAAAAGAAGAAAUAGAAAGGUUGCUCAAGGCAGGAUUCAUUAGACCAGCCAUCUAUGCUGAUUGGCUAGCCAAUAUUGUACCAGUUCUCAAAAGAAAAACUGGGGUAGUUAGAAUCUGUGUGGAUUACAGAAAUCUGAAUGAAGCAUCUCCUGAAGAUGAAUAUCCCAUGCCAAUGGCAGACAUGCUAGUAAAUGGAGCUGCUCAUAACUAG